GAUGAUGUGAGGCAGAAAGUGCACCUGAAUACCUUUGGUUUCUUCAAGAAUGGUUUCAUGAAAGUCAAUGUCAGCAACCUCUCAUUGAAGCCACCUGUGAGCUCUGAUGACAAAGACAGCUUAUCAGUGGGGUUCAGUUUGGAUCGAACCAGGAAUGAUGGGUUCUCCACUUAUCUGGAUGAAGAAGUUGAUUACUGUAUCUUGAAAAAGAAACCAGAUCAAGACGUUUCUGUUAUACUCUUACUUCUGGACUUCAAAACUGAAGUUGUGAAGGUACAGUUCUCUGCAGAAGCUGCUGCUUUGUUACCUAAAAUUUCAUUCAUGUCUGAGGAGAAUGCUACUGCAUUAAGUACCAAGCUGCUAAAAACUUCUGAACAGAGCAGUGAUUCUGGUAAAAAUCCUAUAAAGACCAACCCAAAUACAGACAGCAAAGAUAACAAGUCCAAACAAAGUACAUCAUCCUCCCAGAGCAUAAUAGAACAAGAACAUCCUGUUCACAAUGACAGAGGAACUUUUUCAUUUCAGUUCUUUUUUAACAUCAGCUCUGAUAACCAAGAAGGUCUCUACAGCCUGUAUUUCCAUAAGUGUGUUGGCAAGGAUGGGCCAGCAAAUGAUCAGCAGCUAUUUAGUCUUGAUAUAGAAAUUACGGAAAAGAAUCCUGAAAGCUACCUCUCAGCGGGUGAGAUCCCACUGCCAAAGCUUUACAUUUCCAUGGCUAUCUUCUUUUUCCUGUCUGGGACUGUAUGGAUCCACAUACUUCGUAAACGCAGAAAUGAUGUCUUUAAGAUUCACUGGCUAAUGGCAGCCCUCCCUUUCACAAAAUCUCUGUCCUUAGUCUUCCACGCAAUCGACUAUCACUACAUUUCUUCUCAGGGAUUCCCUAUUGAAGGCUGGGCUGUUGUUUAUUACAUCACUCACCUACUGAAGGGUGCUCUUCUGUUCAUCACUAUUGCCCUGAUUGGCACAGGCUGGGCUUUCAUUAAACACAUCCUGUCAGAUAAAGACAAAAAAAUCUUCAUGAUUGUCAUCCCACUUCAGGUACUGGCAAAUGUGGCAUACAUUAUCAUAGAGUCAACGGAAGAGGGGACAACUGAAUAUGGGCUGUGGAAAGAAAUCCUUUUCCUGGUAGACUUGCUAUGUUGUGGAGCAAUCCUGUUUCCAGUGGUAUGGUCAAUAAGACAUUUACAGGAGGCUUCAGCAACAGAUGGAAAAGCUGCCAUUAACCUAGCAAAGCUGAAGCUUUUCCGACAUUACUAUGUGAUGAUUGUGUGUUACAUUUACUUCACACGGAUCAUUGCAAUUCUCAUAAAGAUUGCUGUUCCAUUCCAGUGGAAAUGGCUGUACCAGCUGCUGGAUGAAAUGGCCACCCUUGUGUUCUUUGUCCUCACCGGGUACAAGUUCCGUCCAGCAUCAGACAACCCUUAUCUACAGCUCUCUCAAGAUGAUGAGGAUGACUUGGAGAUGGAAGCUGUAGUGACGACUUCUGGAGUAAUGGAGGGCAUGAAGAAGGUCAAGAAA